AUGUCCCCAAACCGCUCCAACCGGGGCACCAUCAGGGGUACCUUGUGGUCGCAAUACCACUACGGCCAGCUACAGUCCUACAGCGGCGGCCAGCUCAUGUACCUGACGCAGGAGCAUAGGAUAGGUGUCAAGAUCGCAUCGGCCAAUGCACAGCACCACCUCGUCCGCAUGGCGUUGUGCAAGGCCUUAUGUGCCGUGCUGCGGAGAGCACCUGUGGAGGAGCUAGUACUGGGGCUGCGCCUGAGUGAGAGCGGCUGCACCAUGUUGUCUGAGGCCCUGGCCACCAACUCCACCCUGAAGAGACUCAGCUUCGCGGGGAGCCAUAUGGGAGAUGAACGAGUCCGGUGGCUCAAGCCCGGUCUGAUCGGCAACAACACUUUGGAGGAGCUGGACCUCACCGCCUGCAACCUAACGGAUGCGGCGGCCAGGGAUGUGGCGGCCGUGAUAAAGGCCCAUGUAGAUCGCCGGUUGAACCUGGCCUUCGACGAGCAGCUGCGGCACUACCCCGACACCUCGCUACCCCGGCAUAGGGCCCAUCUGGAGCAUCAUGCCCAGUUGCGGCUCAUAGCCAGGCAGGUGGAUCAGGCGGCCGGGGGGCUGUUGCACUUGGAGCUGGCGGAGAACAAGCUCAAGCGGCGUAUCGCUCCUCGUGUGUUUUCCGCCGCUCUGGGCUUCCAGCCUAACCCGUCUGCCCCCGCCCUCCACUCGCCCUCCCGGACGGACACCAGCAUGCCCAUGUGGGCCCUACGGGAGGAGCUUCCAGAUUCCAUAGGUCCAACCCCGUUGGUGACCCCGCGACAUGCGAGCCUUGCGGCGCCCAGCUCACCUGGUCACAUGUCCACGGUUAGCUGGGGCGACAGGCACCUGCUCGCACGUGGCGCGCCCAGCUCGCACGCUGGCGUUGAUGGUGGCGAUGGCGGCCGCAGCCGCAGCCGAAACGAUGGCAAGGGCAACGGCAACGGCAGGAGCGGCAACAAGGCGGAAUUGCUGCUACAGCGGGCAAGUAGCGUCGACCGGCGCCGACCACCCGACGUCGGUGAAAGCAGCGGCGGAGGCAUACGCAGGGCUGCGACGGCAACUGGCGUGCUGACGGUACCGGCGUCACCGCAAGUACGGAUAGGACCGCUGCCGGGGGCGGCAGAGGCGGCUGCACCGUCGCCACCGCCGUUGCGGCAGCAGCAGGGUUUGGCCCCCGGCAGCCAGUUGGAGCAGUUCUGGGCCAAUCGCGAAGCGACGCUGUCCGGCGAGCCGGCGGCAGCGGCAGCGGCAGUGGCUCCCGGUGCCAACGGCGUGUACGACACACCACAGCCGCGCGGUGGCCGCGGCGACCGUACCGGCGCCGGCGACUCGGAUGCCGUGCUUCAUGCCAGUGGACCUGGCGCCAUGGGUGGCGAGGCCGUAGCCGCCGCCGCCGCCUCGGCCCCCGGCAUCACACCGGUUCCGUUGGUCUCCUCCGGGGACUCUUUUGGCUUUGGCUUCAAUGCCGUACACGGUUCCGGAGCUAUGUCACCUCGGUCUCGAGCCCAGCGAGGUCCGCAGGUACCGGUGUUGGGUUUGGGCACCAACGCAGUGGCACCAGGCAGCCCGUCGCUGGGCCGGAGCUUUCUGUCACGCGUCAAUGGCUCGACGGCAGGCGGCACCGGCGGCGGCAGCCACGACGGCGUGGCUUGGGUUUGGGGACGUCCCGUCAACCCUGACGGCAGCGAUAUGGUCGUACUGUCAGCGGUGGCGGCGCCUCCGCCGCAGAGGCCACAGUCAGCAGCGGCGGCGCCGCUGGUGCCGGACGUACGCCAGCAUCAGCAAGCACGUCGACAAACGACGUCGCCGCCGCGACCACGGCCGUACGAGGAGGGGGCUGCCGCAAUGCGUGUCUCCUACGGCGGCGGCGGUGCCGCCGCCGCCGCCGUCGGUUCCCCUGGGUCCUAUAGACAUGCAGUACAGCCGCCAACUGUGUCACCGGCGCCUCAGUCGCCGCUGCUGUACCAGCAGCCUGGAACGGGGUGGGUGCCGCUUCCUGACGGCAGCGGCAUGGCCUGGCUAGCGAUGCCGGUGCCAGUCACCGGUCUUCACCCAUACCGUACGGCAGGAGCAGCAGCUCCAUCGCAGCGGUCCUACUCUCCGUUCCAGGGGCAGCAGCCGCAGCGGCCUCACACAGCGGCGGCGGCGACGACGACGACGGCGGCGGUAGCGACCCAUGGUUUUGUUCCGCCUGGGUACCGUGGCCAGGACGCGCUAGCCAGUCCUGUUGUCCCCCGCGGCGCCGCCGGCGUCACAUUUGACGCCGCCGCUAUGGGCGGCGGCGGCGGUGGUAUGUCGGCGGCUGCUACUGCCGCUGACAGCCAACGGCAGGGGGCCUUUGUGAGCAUGCUGCAUCGUGAGGGGUUGGCAGCCGGGCGAGACAAUUACGACUACUUAUUUACCAAGCAGCGGCUGAGGCAGAAGCAGGACCAGCAGCAGCAGCAGCAGCGGCGGCGACGGCGCGGCAGCCCUACGAGCCCUGGCGGUGGCAGGGGCGGCUGCGGCGGUGGGCCCGGCGGCGCCUCCCGGAAGCCCCAUGGGUCAGCGGUCGGCGUGUCGGGAGGGUUCAAGAAGUCCUUUGGAGUUCGUUCGGGGCUGAAGAGGCGGCAGCCCGCCACCAGCACCGCCACCGCCACCGCCACCGCCACAUCCACACCCUUCAUGCGGUCUCGGCGCGAAACCCCGAGGACUGGACGCACGCGCACGCCCAUCCGCUCCUCACCACCACGACCCUUCCGGCCGCGCCCUCAGUCCCCUUCCAGGUCCUCCUCGUCGCCGCCACACGUCGCAACGCCGACUCGUCACUACGCUCGCAGCCGCGGCGGCGGCGGCGGCGGCGCCUCACCCACCAAAUCGCGCUCCGCUGGCCGUACCUUCGCUAAGCGAGUCGAUGUUGGCGGCUACGGCGGAUACAAGUGUUCCCGGUCCCUCCUGAACUCCACUGCGCCCAUGACGCUCAUCCAUCCGCCUCCACCAUACCACCCGUCACCCUCAUGGUUGCGCUCGCUUCCUCCUGGGCACGUUGCUGGGCCGCCGGGGUGUCGGUGUUGCUGCCUGUUGCGCGACGGCAUCCGGGAUCCAACAACGGCAGCAACAGCAACUGCCAAGCGCGUCCCAGGCCACGGCCCGUUGGGCGCCGCCGCGCCCCAGGCGCUCUUGGCGCUGGAGCAGUCGCUGAUGCAAAUGGCUGCGGAUGUGACGGCGCUGGAAGCCGCCGCCGAUGCGUCCAAGGCCGCCGUCGCGGCUGCGGCGGAGCGUGAGGCGGCGGAGCGCGCUUCGGCGGUGCACGCCGGACGUGAAGCGGCGCUGGCGGCGAUACGCGCCGCCGCCGCGGCGGAGGCGGCGGAGCGCGCGGCUGCGCAAGCGGUGGACCGCGCCGUGGUGGCGGAGCGACGCGCGAAGGACGCCGUACGGCGAUUCAAGGGCGCGGCAAAGCGAUCGGCGUCGCCGUCACCACGGGCGGGAGUGCCAACAUCGGGCGUUUCGGAGGAGCCCAAGGCAGGCGUGGCGACACAGACGGCAGCGGCGCCACCUUCGCCUCCACUGCUGGUACAACUGCAGCCACACUCAUCGGUGCGGCCGUACGAGGGCGCGAAACGGGCCAGCGGGGUCAACGUCAACACCAUCAUCCAGCAGCUUGAUCGCUGGUGCGGAUUGUGCGACCAUGCGCUGCUACAGCCGGAAUCAUCGAGGCAGCUGCAGCCUCGCCACCACAAUCAGCCUCACCACCAUCAGCAGCCGCAGCCGCAGCCGCAGCAGCCGUAUCAGUCGCAGACGCAGCUGCACCCCCAGGCGCAGGAGCCCUUUGCCGCCGCUGCCGCUGCUACUACUGCUGCUGGCCCACACGCGUCGCCGGCAACACCCAGGAUCCAGCUGCCUCUCCCGCACCCGAAGCAGCAGCUGGCGCAGCAGCAAGAGGGGUGUCGAGAUCGCCGCGGCGGGGGUGAUGUGCUUCCGAUGCACAACUCAACAUGCCAAGUAGCUCUCAAUUUCAUCACGCGCAACAACACCAAGCAACACAACGUACUGCACUGGCGCGUACAUGAACACCAAGCACACGAAAAGCCAGGAGAGGUCCUCAUGAGCCUGCUGGCCCGUACGGCUGCACUGACGCCGCUGCCUUUCGGCGCUGCCCCUGUCGUGGCGGCGUUCAACACCGCCAGCAUGGCGCCAUAA